AUGAAAAUAAUUUUACAAUUCGCUUCAUGCUUCGUACUCACUUUUGUCUGCACAUGCUUUAGAAUAGACAAAAUAUUCGAAACUAAUAAAACGAAUUUAUUCCUUAACCUUCAAAAGAAUGUAGCGCAUAAAAAGUAUAAGCCCAGAUUAUCCAUUCUGCUUAAUAGUAAGAACAAAGGAAACACCGCCUCUCCCUCCUUAACAUACGAACAAAAUGUGGAAAACGAAGUGCAAAUGAGAAAAAAAAUAGAGGAAGAAAGAAAAAGAAGCGAACAAAUAAAAAAAGAAAAUGUAAUGUUUAUUAAUAAAAAUUUCAAAUAUGUAAGUAACACCAUCCCAAUCAAUGUUGAAAAGAAAUACACAUACGAAACGUUUAAAUAUGGUGAUGAAAUUCUUUCAUAUAUUUUUUUUGUAAUAAAUUUGUUCAUGCAUGAACAGUAUAAAAAUAAAGUAUACAAGGAGCACUUACAGAAUGAAACUUCUUCCCACAGCAGAUCAAAUUGGGACGCACACACGAAUGAACUUUUUCCCCCAAAUUGCAAUGUGACAAAGGAAUUGUCCGAAAGGAAUCAAACAUUAGUAUCCCAUUUUAUGCAAAAAUUUGGCGAUAAAUUCAAAUUUUUUAAUACUCCAGAAAAAAUUCAAAGGGAAGAUUGGGCUAAUAUGUUUAAACUGGAACAAGAAGACAAAAAUAAAUUUUUCAAAAAUAAAAAAGUUAAAAACGAAAAAACCAAAGAGUAUUACUUUGUCAUAUAUUCCUGCAAUUGGCAGUAUGAAUGUAUGGCACUGUACAAUGCCCUCCAUCGUAUUUUCCACAAUUCAUAUAACAAUAUUAAUUUUUACAGCAUUGCGAAUAGCGUAGAUGGGAAGGAGAUAGAGGCGGAAGGGAGCGCAGAUAACGUAGACCAACUUAGUGAUAAGUCAAUAGAUGGGGGAGAAAUAAUAACCAAAGAGGACAUCGAACAGAUAAAAGAAAUGUAUAUCAAAGAUAUGCAAAGUGGUGAAAUAAACGAUAUAGAUGGAUUACUUAGCAAGGAAGAAAAGGAGAAGAACGAUGAAGAAACGAACUCAACGCAGGAAAAUUCUGACAAUAAUCAACCAUCCAGUGGGGACAAAACAAGUGAUCAAACGAAGGAAGGGUCGACGGAAGCACAAACACAGCCUGAUGAAAACAAAAAAAAAAGCUUCCAGGAGAUAAUGGAGGAAGAAAAGAAAAAGCUAGACGAAGAAUUCUUCUUAUAUGGAUACUCAAAGUAUGAAAACAUUGAACAGAUAAAGAAGGAAGAAGAAAUGAUAAAAGAGACGAAGCAAAUUAUAAAGGAGGAAAAGUCAAACCAGGACAAGCUGAACAAUGAGAGAGACUUCAAGAAUAUUCUGAACGAUUUCUCUUUUCAAAUUAAAAAUUACAAAAAUAUGUACCAGUACGACGGGGAUGGGGAGGAGAAGGACCUGUCAGAAAGUCCAAGCACAAAUGUCAACACAAAUGUUAACACAAAUGUGAACAAAAAUGUGAACUCUGUGGACAACCAAUCCGGUGAAGAAGCGAGCGCCAAACAAGAAGUAAAUAUAAAUGUCAUUUUUGUUCGUCUAAGCAACAGCACAGUUAUAGGGAAAACCAAAAACAUAAAGGAAAAAAUUAAAAAGAAAUGGAUCUAUUCGCACGAAAAGGAAAUUAAAUUUUAUGAAUUAAUCCUCUCCGUUAUGUUGAAUGAAAAUAUUUAUUACAAGGAUAUACCCCAUAUGGACAUAUUCUCCGUAACGUAUGACAAGAAAGUACUAUACGACUUUUUUAAUCAAGUGAAUUCAAACUUAAAGCACAGUUUCAUUCAUAAAAAUAAUGUAUACGAUAUUUACAAUAACGUUAUCAAUGAUAAUAUGGAUAUAUACAAUUUUGACGUUCACGAUGGAGACAGAAUUUCUCAAAAAGCAACUACAUCCGACGAUUUUAUGCAGGGGGAACCGUCUAAUCCAAGCGAUGAAAUUACCAACUCUACUCUAAACGGUGAUUUCCUUUUUGAAGAAUUAAGUCCAGAAGAAGAAGAGGAAGAAGAAGAUUCUGGAAAUUAUGAAGUGAUAUAUGAUGGGCGCAUGGACGACACGAAUCACAUCGAUGAAGAGCCACAGAGUAAUACAACAAGUGCAGGCGAUAGGAAGGAAACAGAUAACAUAGCAAAUUCCUCGCCUUUAAAAAAGGAAAACCAAAUGCUGUACGAAGUUAUUAAAAAAAAACAUAAUAAAAAGGAAAAAAGUAAAUACGAAGCAUUGUUUAAAAAAAAAUACAACAAUAUAUUUUCAAAUGCUAUUAAAAGUAAACUUUCUAUUGAAAAAAUUAGCUCCAUACCGAAUAUCCAAACACACGCCAAUUGUACUAUCGACACGUUUAAGAAUUAUCCCCUGCGUGAAAUUUUUCAAAAUAUAUCCCCAAAUGAAAAUUUUAAAAUUGAUGAAAAUUACGUGUACUAUUUUAAUUAUAAAAUACCCAAAGAAAUUUUCCCUUUUAUUCUCCAAAUGUCCCUAGCCUUCAAAUAUGAACACACCACUCUUUUGAUGAAUGCUCCCAAGAAGGUGGAGUUCGAGUUCAGAAAUGUCUAA